UUACUGAUCAGAACAACGUCUCAGUCUCUUAAAUCUCUAAAUUCUUAUUUUCUCACCCACCAAACGGAGACCCCAAGAAUCGAAUCAGAAGUGGAAUACAGUGAAUUGGGGUUUGGUCACAAUCACUCUUUCAUCAACUCCUAGCUUUCUCUGUUUAAAAAAUAGAGUGAGAGAGAGAGGGGAAUUUUCAAAGCUCAGAGAAAAAGCAAACACAGUUGAUAGUACUCUAUAAUCUAUAUAGUAUAAAUAUUGCUUUGUUUGCGAGUGUAUAUAUAAAUAUCUAUUUAUAUAUAUAUUCAUAUCAAUGUUAGGUUGAAUAGGAGCUAAAAGGGUCUUUUCUUCAACCUCUGCAAAGACCAUAUUGAAGUGGGCAGAUUUUCCUGCUUUUCAGAUCUACGAGGAUUUAGACGUUGGCCUUAGAGAAAAACGAAGACAAUGUUGCCUCAGAAGCAAGCAGAAGAAGCAAUAGUCUCCAACUUCAACGAGACAGAACAUGAAGGAAAAGAAGAAGAGAGAGAUGGAGAACAACAGUCCUUGUUUAGCGUCAAAAGCAUGUUAUGGCACGGUGGCUCUGUUUGGGACGCCUGGUUCAGUUGUGCUUCCAAUCAAGUCGCUCAAGUACUUUUGACUCUGCCCUACUCAUUCUCCCAACUGGGUAUGCUCUCAGGCAUUGUGUUACAAAUAUUCUAUGGAAUUAUGGGAAGCUGGACUGCGUACCUUAUAAGUGUCCUCUACAUCGAGUACCGAAGCCGGAAGGAGAAAGAGAACGUGAACUUCAAGAAUCAUGUCAUUCAGUGGUUCGAAGUGCUUGAUGGGUUACUGGGUCCAUAUUGGAAAGCUGUGGGACUUGCAUUCAACUGUACUUUCCUCCUAUUUGGAUCUGUCAUACAACUGAUAGCUUGUGCAAGUAACAUUUACUACAUCAACGACCGAUUGGAUAAGCGAACAUGGACCUAUAUUUUUGGAGCUUGCUGUGCCACCACCGUGUUCAUUCCUUCCUUUCACAACUACCGUAUUUGGUCUUUUCUCGGCCUUGGCAUGACCACUUAUACGGCCUGGUACAUGGCCAUAGCCGCUAUUGUCCAUGGCCAGGUUGAAGGAGUCUCACACUCGGCUCCAACAAAACUAGUGCUGUACUUCACCGGCGCCACCAAUAUUCUGUACACCUUUGGCGGCCACGCUGUUACUGUGGAAAUCAUGCACGCCAUGUGGAAACCUCAAAAGUUCAAGUACAUAUAUCUGUUUGCCACCUUGUACGUUUUCACAUUAACGAUUCCGUCAGCCACUGCCGUCUACUGGGCAUUCGGUGAUCAGCUCCUCAAUCAUUCCAACGCCUUCUCACUUCUCCCCAAGAACGGCUGGCGUGAUGCCGCCGUUAUCUUAAUGCUCAUCCACCAGUUUAUAACAUUUGGGUUCGCAUGUACGCCAUUGUACUUUGUGUGGGAGAAAGUUAUUGGGAUGCAUGACACAAAGAGCAUAUGCUUAAGGGCACUUGCAAGAUUACCAGUUGUGAUACCAAUUUGGUUCUUGGCCAUUAUAUUCCCAUUCUUUGGUCCUAUUAACUCUGCAGUUGGAGCUCUCCUGGUUAGCUUCACCGUCUACAUCAUCCCAGCUUUAGCCCAUAUGCUUACCUACAGAAAAGCUUCUGCUCGACAGAACGCUGCAGAGAAGCCUCCUUUCUUUAUCCCAAGCUGGACUGCAAUGUAUGUAUUUAAUACAUUUGUAGUUGUGUGGGUUCUCGUCAUUGGUUUCGGGUUCGGUGGAUGGGCCAGUAUGACCAACUUCAUCAGACAAAUCGAUACAUUUGGGCUCUUCGCCAAGUGCUAUCAGUGCAAGCCUCCACCGCCGACGGCAGGCGUUGCUCCGGCCCAACAUCACUGAACUUAACAGCAACAAACGUCAAAAGAAAAAGAAAAAAGCACUCUUCUCUUCUCUUCUCUUUUUCUCCCAUGUUUUUGCUCCAUAUUUUGUAUCAUACAUGGGGAGAUAGCAAUACCUCCCUUACAUGUGGUGAUGUGUGCUGGAUUUCGCUAUUUUUUUUUCUUUUUCUAUUUUGUUAUUUUCCUCUCCCCCCCUUAAAUUUAGUGGAUAAAAUAGUGUGUUGAAUUGUGAUGAUUCCUUUGCUAUCAAAGCAUAGGGUAAUUAAAAUCAGAUAUAUAAUGUUUAGUGUUUUUUUUAUAUAUAAAUAUAUAUUUUUUCUUUUUU